CCGAGCGCGAGACGGAGAGGAGGCAGAGCCGAGCUGUUAGAACCCGCCCUCCGCGCGGAUCUCAUUUCCCCCUAAAACCUCCCUCCUCCUCCUCCCUCAGCUCUCAGUCCAACACUCUCUCCCUCGCGCCGUGUCCCCACUCUCUCGGUUCAGUCAUGGAUCUCGCCGCGAGCUGCGUGCUGCUGCUGCUCUCCGCCCUUCGCGUGCUGCUCAGCGUCGAGCUGGACGCGCUCGAGCCCACUUACUACGAGGAGCCGCCGGAUGCCAUCGACUACAAAGACCCGUGCAAAGCCGUGGCUUACUGGGGCGACAUAGCGCUGGACGAUGAAGACAUGCGAAUGUUUAAAGUGGACCGCAUUGUGGACGUGGUCCAGAGAACCGUCACAAACCUCAACCAGACAGACACAGGUUUGUCUGCCAAUGAGACGAGUCCAAACACUGCGGUGUCCAAUCGGCAGGGCUCCCGUCGCAGAAAGAGGGCGGCAACGUCCAGGCCUGAGAGGGUGUGGCCUGAGGGCGUCAUUCCUUAUGUCAUAAGUGGGAACUUUAGUGGUAGUCAGCGGGCCAUAUUCAGGCAGGCUAUGAGACACUGGGAAAAACACACGUGUGUGACCUUCAUCGAGAGAACCACAGAGGAGAGUUACAUCGUCUUCACCUACCGGCCGUGUGGGUGUUGUUCGUACGUGGGCCGCAGGGGCGGAGGACCCCAGGCCAUAUCCAUUGGGAAAAACUGUGACAAGUUUGGAAUCGUGGUGCAUGAGCUUGGUCAUGUGAUUGGAUUCUGGCACGAGCACACACGGCCUGAUCGAGAUGACCAUGUCACCAUCAUUCGGGACAACAUCCAGCCAGGACAGGAAUACAACUUCUUGAAGAUGGAGCCUGGUGAAGUGGACUCUCUUGGGGAAGUCUACGACUUUGACAGUAUCAUGCACUAUGCCAGAAACACAUUUUCCAGAGGGAUAUUCCUGGACACGAUUCUACCACGGUACGACAUAAAUGGAGUCCGUCCACCCAUCGGCCAGAGGACGAGGCUGAGCAAAGGAGACAUCGCACAGGCACGCAAACUUUACAAGUGUCCAAGAUGUGGAGACAGUUUGCAGGAAAGCAGUGGCAACUUCUCCUCCCCCGGCUUCCCUAAUGGCUACUCAGCGUAUAUGCACUGUAUCUGGAGAAUCUCAGUAACGCCAGGCGAAAAGAUCAUUCUGAACUUUACCUCUAUGGACCUCUAUCGGAGCCAUCUCUGCUGGUACGACCAUGUGGAGAUCAGGGAUGGAUAUUGGAGGAAAGCUCCACUGAAAGGUCGAUUCUGUGGAGAUAAGCUUCCUGAGCCAAUCAUAUCAACAGACAGCCGUUUGUGGAUUGAGUUCCGCAGUAGCAGCAACUGGGUGGGCAAAGGCUUCUCUGCUGUCUAUGAAGCUAUCUGCGGUGGUGAAGUGAAGAAGGAUAAUGGGCAGAUCCAGUCUCCAAACUACCCAGAUGACUACAGACCCAAUAAAGUCUGUGUAUGGAAGAUUACUGUUGCUCAGGGAUACCAUGUAGGCCUGAUGUUCCAGUCCUUUGAGAUUGAGAGGCACGACAGCUGUGCUUAUGACUAUCUGGAAGUUCGGGACGGGAAUUCAGAGUCUAGCCCCUUGCUGGGCCGCUUCUGUGGCUACGACAAGCCUGACGACAUCAAGACUAGCUCAAACCAGCUGUGGAUGAAGUUCGUGUCCGAUGGCUCUGUCAACAAGGCUGGCUUUGCUGCUAACUUCUUCAAAGAGAUGGACGAGUGUUCCAGGCCUGACAAUGGUCGCUGUGAGCAACGCUGUGUCAACACACUAGGCAGUUACAAGUGUGCCUGUGACCCAGGCUAUGAGCUGGCCGCAGACAAACGAAGCUGUGAGGCUGCCUGCGGUGGCUUCAUCACCAAGCUGAACGGCUCGAUCACCAGCCCCGGCUGGCCCCGGGAGUAUCCACCCAACAAGAACUGCAUCUGGCAGCUGGUGGCCCCUACGCAGUACCGCAUCACACUGCUCUUCGAUGUCUUUGAGACCGAGGGCAACGAUGUAUGUAAAUAUGACUUUGUGGAGAUCAGGAGUGGACUCUCUGCAGACUCCAGGCUACAUGGGAAGUACUGUGGUGCAGAGAAACCAGAAGCCAUUACCUCUCAAUACAAUAACAUGCGCAUCGAGUUCAAAUCAGACAACACUGUCUCCAAGAAGGGCUUCAAGGCCCAGUUCUUUUCAGAUAAGGAUGAGUGCUCGAAGGAGAACGGCGGCUGCCAACAUGAAUGCGUGAACACUUUCGGCAGCUACAGCUGCCAGUGCAGGAGCGGCUUUGUAUUACAUGAGAAUAAACAUGACUGCAAAGAAGCCGGCUGUGAUCACACGGUGAACAGUGUGAGUGGGACCAUUACCAGCCCCAACUGGCCUGAUAAAUACCCCAGUAAGAAGGCCUGCACCUGGGCCCUCUCCACCACACCGGGACAUCGCAUCAAAAUUGCUUUCAAUGAAAUCGAUAUGGAGCCUCAUUUAGAGUGUGCCUACGACCACAUUGAGAUCUAUGACGGACGGGACGGGAAAGCUCCCAGCCUGGGACGCUACUGCGGGUCCAAGAAGCCUCCUCCGGUCACGUCCAGUGGCAACAAGAUGUUCAUUCGCUUCUUCUCUGACAACUCGGUGCAGAAGAAAGGAUUUGAGGCCUCUCAUACUGCGGAAUGUGGAGGAAGGCUGAAAGCAGAGGUGAAGACCAAAGACCUCUACUCGCACGCUCAGUUCGGAGACAACAACUACCCUGGGGCAUCGGACUGUCAGUGGGUGAUCUCAGCUGAGAAAGGCUACGGUGUGGAGCUCAUCUUCCAGACGUUCGAGAUCGAGGAGGAAGCAGACUGUGGCUACGACUACAUGGAGCUGUUCGACGGAGCUGACACCAAGUCCCCGAGACUGGGCCGCUACUGUGGAUCAGGGCCUCCUGAGGAGAUCUACUCGGCCGGUGACUCCAUCGUCAUCAAGUUCCGUUCAGACGACACCAUCAACAAGAAGGGAUUCCAUGUUCGCUACACCAGCACCAAGUUUCAGGACACUCUCCACUCACGUAAGAAGUGACCCCUAGUGGCCGGGAGGGGCCGAGCAGGGCCAAGGGGGAGGAACAGGGGCCCCAAGGGGAGGGUCCUGUCCGACGCUCGGAGUCCCCCGGCCACCAAGACCACCCAGACUCGACGGACCAGCCGCAAGAACGCCAACCGCACCUCAGUAGUUCCCAGGGGCUCUGGCGCCCCCUACUGACUGUGAGGAGUAAAGCCAUUCCGCAGUAGACCUUGUUUUUACCUUUUUUAUGAUUAUGGUGGGGUAUGAUGGGGUGGGUUUGGGGUAGGAAGAAGGGACUGUAUCCAGAAUAGAUGGAUAUUAUGGAGUAUUGGGGGAGGGGGCACGGGUAGAGGAGUAUAGAUCAUAUUCUGAUCACCAUUGGAUUUUUUUUUUUUUUUUUUUUUUAAUGAGCCGAAAACGCGAUUGAAGCACACACACACACACACACACACACACACAAACACACAAACACUCAGAGGGCCCUCAGGAUCUCUACCAGGACAAUGAAGCGGUCAGCUCAUACUGAGCCACACAGUCACAACACAUCAUAAGCACAGACUGAGACAGACAAAAAGUAUGGAUAGAAGAAUUGAUGGAAGGAUCAAGGGAUGGAUCGACUUUUUCCCCGGUGCAUUUUGGGAAAUCUCCAUCUUUUUCUCCUCUUUACGCCAUUCCUCAUCCACACGGUUGUACCCGGCUGGUUCCAUAUCUUCUGCUACUUGAGUUAAUUGACACUGUAUGUCAGAAAGAUGCAUGUAAUAAUAACAGAUAUCGGGACAAAAUGAAAAACAAACAAAAAAAAACAACACCAGCUGCACCAGCAUUUGUAAUUUCUCAUUAUUUUGUUUUUUCUUUUUCUUUCUUGGUUAGCCAUCCAGGAAGUUCCCUUUCAUAUUACAGUAAUCGAGGAAAAAUUAAAAGAAGCAGUUAUCGUAUUAAAAGACUAAUAAACGAAAUGUGGCCCAUGUCUGCUGGCUGUUAAUUGCUUUUCCAUAAAAAAAAGAAAGAAAUCAGUGCCCGGAAAUGUAUUUAAUUAUUAUGACCUUCUACAUACAUCUUCCCCAAGCUUCUGUUAAUGUGUCCCCAAUUCGCACUGGUAAUUCAAUCUGCUGUGGGUAAGUGCUUUUCCCUAUUGAGAGCAAAUUAUGUCCCCUUAGCUGAGAUUCAGUGGGACUAAUUUCUUUAACUGUCUUCUCUUGUCCUCACAUGGUACCCUGGUCUCUCUCUUUCUCAGUUUUUAUCUUUUACUUUUGUCUUUGCAAAGUGGUUGUUCUUUUCUUAACCUUUCUGCAUUUGUUUGUCCUGAUUCAUCCCUUCCAUCCAUCCCUCCUGUCAACAUGCGAACACCUCAUUAUAACCUGGCCAUACCUCACACCAGCAGUUUCAAAGCUCUCAGUGAAGCCAAGUUGUCUUCAUGUCUUCAAAUGUACAGUAAGAAUUGUCUGGGUGAAAAAAGGGUGUAGGUGUGAAUAUAUAUGUAUAUAUUUUUUUUUUCCACAGUUGCCUUUUGAAGAUCUCUUCAUGAAUACCUCAGGCUUUGGGUGGCGGUUGUCCCUUAUUCACUGCAGCCAAAAACACAAUGGUUCCUAAUGGUGAGCCUAGAGGUACGCCUCACUUCAAGUAGAAGAGGAGAUAUUGGAUUGUGAUUUGAAUUUGAUGUAAAGUCGUCGUGUAUAGUCUUGUUUAGUGGAAAGAUCAGCUAUCCUAACGUCAAAACAAAUGCGGGCUCAAGCAUGAUACAGAGUGUAAAGUGACUUUAAUUAUUUGCAUAACAUACGAUGUAAUUAUGUAGUUAUGCAAUUACAUUUAAAUAGUACAUGAAAUGUAAGCAGUAGCGUAGUGCUCAGCUUCUUCAAGUUAAAUUUGCUGUUUGGGUCAAGUUUGUUAGAGAAACACUAAAAUAUUACAGUCAUGUCAAAACCUCAUAACUCUUAACACCACUUGCCAGCUGCCUUUACAUAGAAUGAACAUUCCAUGGUAAACGAACCAAUAGAAAUGGUCCAAAAAUACUUGAAAGACUAAAAUCUUGUAAUAAUAACGUGUAUUAAAGUUAACAGUGUUCUUCCUCUUCAUUUCAGGGAUAUGAGGUUUUGUUGCAGUGACUGUAUAUAGGGCAGGAGGACUCCAGGAGCAGGUUAGGGACCAUUGCAAAAAAGACUUGAGACUGAUUAGUGACAAAGGGGAACUUCGACCAGUGCAGUACCUCAGAAGAGAGUAGGAGAGAGGCUGAAUGGUGCUUUUGGAAAAACUCAUUCAUCACCUGGUUUUUAUUUUAGAACUGAUUCUGCAUUUUGUGUUUUGUGUUUUAUCCCCUUUUCCUCUAGUCAAAAUCAUGUUUCCAUUCAUACAACAAACGGCAUAGUGUUUUCAGUUAAAAGAGAGUAAUCAGUUGAUUUAAUUGAGAGGCCUCUGAGCAGCGUUUCAGUGAGCAGCAUGGCUAUCAUGUUAAAUCAUCUCGCAGUGUGCUUUUAUGCAUGUAUCAUAAAAAGACAGAUUUAAACCAAGUGUAUAGAGCCUAUAAACAACAUCAUUCAGAGUAUAGUAAAACUGCAUAAACUGCACAGUAGCUGAUUGGAUGCGAGUCCAUUAUGACACCAUCUUAUUUUAUUUAAUGAUGUUUUAGUUUAUUAUUGACAAUGUUUAAUAAAUGAUCAUUGUACUCAG